AUGAGUUCAUCAAGGACGCAAAGAACACGUAAACGCAACCGGGACACCGUAUUCUUAUUGCAAGGAGAAGUACAUUCAGCAAAAAAGGAGCUUUCGUCGCUUACGGAGCAGAACGAUCGGUUGUUGGGCGAAAAUGAACAACUCCGCAAGUUGAAUCUAGAUCUUGCUGGUCAGUUGAAGUUUGAAAAGAAGCAGCAAUGUUCACCUGAUUGUGCAUUUCAGGCAUUUAUCAAUCGCAUCAGUGCCGAGAAGUAUCAAGACUUGGUAAGGCUUGCAUUUCUGAGAAAGGUCACCAAAUACACUCAGCAACAGGAUGUCAAAAACAAACUCAUCGAGGUCCUUACGUCACCAAGACGGAAUUCAGUGUGUCUGGCUUUAACGCACCAUCCAAGUGAAUUUGCGUCUUCUGAAAAUGUCUUGGUGGACAAAGACUCGGGGAUAGUUGACGAAAAAAGCGAGCUAAGCUUGCAGAAUGAAAGCAACACACCCACUGCAACAUGCGAGGCUUUCCAACUCCAAAUUGGAUCGUUGAAAGAAGAACUAGCAUCUGCAGCUCUCAAGUACGACGAGAUCUCAAGGAAAUUGAACGCAGCACUGGCUCAGUUAGCUGCAUCUGAAAACCAAGCAAAGGAACUAGCAGACCAACUUAAGAAAGAGAGAGAAAAAUCGAGUACCAUUGCAAAUAAUUUGCAAGUAAAAGAGGAUGCUAUUGAGCGCAUCAGAGAAGAAUAUGAACAGAAGAUAUCUAAGAUGGUUAUGGAUCGCCAAGAAGAGAAGAAACAAGAUGAAAUGGGUAGAUUGGCAAUGGAAGAAGAGAAAGAUUCUGGCAAAGCAGAACUUGAAAAGGCCAAUAUCAAGAUACAAGAUUCAGAGGUGAAUAGCAUUGCAGCUCAUCUUGCACACACCGCCAUAUUAGAGUCACUUCAAGAAGAAAGCGAGGAGUGCCAAAAAGCCAGCCAUUUGCAAAUUGCAACUUUAGAAGAAAAGUGGGCCAAGGCGGAAAUCACUUAUAAAGAAGAAAGAAAACGAAACGAAAUGCUUGAAAUUGAAUUGGCAGUAAAGACAGAUGAGAUAAGGAUCCUCAAGAAGAAGAACUUGCAGGAGAAAAAAGACAAAACCCAUCUCUGGAAAGCGUUUGUUGGCCUUGCUGAAGAUAGAGCUGAUGCAGAAGAGCAAAUUUGCAAAGAACGGCGGGAAACGGCAAAAAAGAAUGCCUCGUUUGCGGAUCGGAUACAUAGACUGGAGGCUGAUUAUGGAAAGUUGGAUAGAGUGAACAAAAUUUUGGCAAAUAAGGUCGUAGAUAAAGGUGAAAGGUGCCGAGUAAAAGAAGAAGAAAAUCAAAGAUUGCACAAAUAUCUUAACAGUCUUGAAGAAAGGAUUGACUCAAAGGAACUUCUCGUUCAGCAUCUUCUAAGGAAACAACGCAGAGGAGUUUGGAAAAAGCUAUUCUGCUGCUCAUGA